CUCGCCGCUGCCGCCUCUGCCCUCCCCGGUUCCUGCUUGUUCUCUGUUAUCCCGGUUCCCGCUUGCUCUCCCUCGCCGCUGCCGCCUCUGCCCACCCCGGCUCCCACUUUUUCUCCUUCCCCGCUUCUUCUUCUUUUGACCAGGGAGACAACAUGGCCACCCGUGUCCCUGCGGCCGUAUCUUUCUCGGGCGCUCUGAGCAUGCACUCUGCGCAUGCCCAGAAUGCCCAAGAAAGACAUGGGCGCAGAGACAUGGGCGCACACUUUAGCUCUUUGAAUGAAUGAAUGAAUGAAUAAAUAUAAUAUUGUUUGUUCCAGAAGUUUUUAAAAUUUUCUGCCAUGAAACAAGCCACUUAUAGGGCUUUUUUUUUAAGCCAGCAAAAUUUCCAAGCUGUUUUAAAUUAAAUAUUCAGAGACUUCUCAGUCUCUCCCCCCCCCCCCAUAUCAAAGCCCUAUGGCAAGCAGAUCCCUAUAUAUGGGCGGGGGGGGGGGUGGCGGUGACCACAAAAAGGAGUUCAGGUUCUACCUGGCAAAUGCUGGGCUGGGCGGAGGGUCUGCUGCAGAGAGCUCUGGGGGCCACCCUGCCUGCCUGCCUGCCUGCCUGCCUCCUUGCUUGCUUGGGGCCUCCCUCCAUGUCUACUCCAGUUCAGGCUUCACUGGGGCCUACACGGAGGCCUCCCUGCAAGCCUCGCCCACCCGCCGGUCAGCUGAGAGGCGCCCGGGAGAAAAGCAGCUCUUGGCAGGCAGCUGGUCUGGUGCCUCGAUUGCCGGCCAGGAGGACAAGCAGGAGAGAGGCGGGCAAGCAGGUGACUUCCAGCCACAGGAGAUUAACGAACAGCGCUCCGUGACCGAAACCAGCAAAUGGUCACUGAAGUCAUUCUCGGACGGCUCCAGGAUCCAGCAUGUCAAGAGUGGGAACGGGAUCCUGGAUGAAGCGGUUGCCAGCAGUUCCCAGAGGAGUGUCUUCACGGUUGAGGACGAUGGGUGGUUCCUGCAGACCAUUGCCACCGCAUGGUCUUGUGAGGGUGCCGACAUCGAAGAGGCCGAGAUCCCAGAGGUCAACACAAGGGAUCAGGAGCUGGACGUGGAGAGUUUCAUCAGUUCCCAGAGCGUCCAGAGGCCAAGCACCGUACAGAGGAGGCUGCACAACGCUGCUGCUGACGAAGAGCCAUCCCUUGGAGAGAGUUCUUCCUUCCCGGGGGCCGAGACUCCGCAAGCCAGCGUGGAGGACGAGGGGUCGGAAGGGGACGGUGACACCAGUUCCCCCAGAGUCCCAAAGCCAAAGAAGUGGCUAAUCAAGAGGCUGCUGAACACUGAAGUAGUAGAAGACUCAUCCUCGGCAGAGUGCUCCUCUACGGACGAGGACGACACCAUGUAUGAGGUGAGCAGCAUCGAGGACGAGGUGUGGGACUCUCCACCGGCCCCCGGUUCGGCCAGGAACAUUGGCGGCGGCGAAGAAGGAAGAGGACAUGGACCUCAUGCUCCCUGA